GUAGUGAUAGUAAUCCUACUACUCAUACUAUUGCUACCUCUAGUAAUUCUACUACUCAUUCUAUUACUACCUCUAGUAAUCCUGCUACUUCUACUAUCACUACCUCUAAUAAUCCUAUCUGUAUUAUCUCCAACUCUAGUAAUCCUGCUA